AUGUCGACGUUCAAGAAAUGGUUAGGGUUUCAACAGACUUCUAGCCGGAAAAGCAGUUCGAGCGAGCGGCGGAGUCCCAGUCAUUCUAGCGUUGAGGGACCCAAGAACGGGAAUAAUGUGGGAGGUGCCGGAUUGGAUGAGAGUGAUGGUACCAAUGGUCAUGGAUCCGGGCAUGCGCACGGGCAUGGGCAUUCAGAGAGGAGAGUAAGUGAGAAUAGUAGGCGGGAGAGCGAUGUGCGUGCGAACAAACAAGCGGAUGAAGAUGGAGGAGAUUUGAAUGGAAAUGUAAAUGGAAAUGGAAUUGGCGUUGAAAGCUUCGGUUCGGUUAAGGUACCGAGUGUAGUUUCUCCAGAGGUACCGUUUGGGAUCGGGGCAACCAAGGUAUUCGGGUACGAGAAUUUUGGGAACACCUGCUAUUGUAAUUCAGUGCUCCAAUGUCUAUACAAUCUAACGGAAUUCCGCACCGAGAUUUUGAAGAAUCCUCCCAGGGAUGCUUCUGUGCCAAGGGUACGCAAAUCCUCCAUGACUGGGUCCAAACCCCGGGUUUUCACAGAAGCUAGCUUCACGCCACAGCAGCCAAUGGUGUUUAGACACGCAGCCAACGGUACUCUCUUGAGUGUUAACAACCAGACUCUGGUCCAUGGUGAUAGCAACUCGAGUUCCGAUAACCAUAGGCGUGGUUCGUUGAAAUUUUUCAAGAAUUAUACAGAGUCUUCUGCUAGCAAUAGCUCAGCUACUCUGGCGUGUUCCAAAACAAAAUCUGCUCCAAGCUCAGCGCCAGGCCAAACGACUACUGCGACGCAGCAGGGCUCGACAACAGCAUCUAUACCAGCAGCAGCAGCAUCUAUACCUAUAGCUACGACAACAGGGGCAACAGGAGCAGCAGCAGCAGCAGCAACAUCAUCAGCAUCCGCGUCAUCGUCACGGCCGGUCCAGACAGUAGUAAUGCCAUCGGACCCCAUUUCCGAAAAACUUCACGAAAACCACAACAAAAUCAUCGUAGGAAGAACACAGGGCACGCCUUUCCAAUCAUCCGCGUGUGAGACUAAUAAUAGAUCAAACUCAAACUCUUUGUCAGACUCAAACUCGUCGUCAUCUUCUGCAAUAGCCGGUCUAGCUUCGCAGACGACGGGAACAGCAACAACAUCAGAAACAGCCACUGCAGCUGCAAGUAAUGCAUCGCCAUCUACCACUGGGACAAUAACAGCAUCAACUGCGGUGGCUACAAAUUCAUCGACGGCUGCGCAUAAACUCCAUAAUGCCGAACCUACAAUCGAGCAGAGGAAAAAAGCGGCGUUAAUGAAAGGCCCAAUUGUGAAUAUUGAUAUAAGCGUCGCAGAUUACCUUUCAAAGGGUGAAAAACCAACUUUGUACUCCGCUUUGAAGGAUAUUUUCGAAUGCAUCGCAGAAAAUGAUUCCCCAAUUGGUGUCGUGUCCCCUUCAAAUUUCGUGAAUAUUUUGAAACAAGAGAAUAUUUUAUUCAGUUCUUCAAUGCAUCAGGAUGCCCACGAGUUUUUGAACUACUUAUUGAAUGAAUUGAGCGAUUCUCUUAAACGCCUAAACUGCUUUAAGGAGGGUGCGCAUGAAGAAAAUAUUACUUUUGUUGAAGAUCUAUUCAAGGGGUCUUUGUUCAACAGCACAAAAUGCUUCACAUGUGAUAAUAUAACAACAAGAGAUGAACCAUUUUUAGAUUUCCCAAUUGAAAUACAGGAAGAUGAAGAAAUCAAAAUUCAGGACAUUCUGAGCAACUACAAACAUCGUGAACUAUUAACGGGCGCUAAUAAAUUUUACUGUGAUAAGUGCUGUGGAUUACAGGAAGCUGAAAGAAUAGUUGGAUUGAAGUCUUUGCCCAAAACUUUGGCAAUACAUUUGAAGAGAUUCAAAUAUUCGGAAGUUCACAAUUGUAAUGCCAAGCUUUUCAAUAGAAUUCAUUACCCAUUGGAUUUGACAGUGUGUUCAAGUUUUGACAAUGCCGUUUGUAAGGAUUAUGAACUUAAUGGAAUUGUUAUUCAUAUGGGAGGAGGACCACAUCAUGGUCAUUACGUCGCAAUUUGCAAAAACGACGUUUUCGGAUGGCUAUUAUUUGAUGACGAAACAGUAGAGUCCAUUACGGAGGAAACAGUUCUAAAAUUCAUCGGCGAUUCUCAGGAGCUAACCACCGCCUAUGUCCUUAUUUACAAGGAGGCAUCACGCAGCUCGGGACCGGCUCCGAACUACGAAAAAAGUAUAGAACACUUAAUAAAGGAUGACGAACAAUACAGGAGAAAAUCAUCAGCAAAAACAAGCGACGGAGUGCUACAGGAUGUACCCGAAGAAGGUAGUAACGGGGACUCGAAACAUCAUAAAACCAAAUCAAAGUUAUUCAAUUUUAAAAGAAGUGGAAAAACGUAG